CGCCGGAGCGGGGGCCCGGGCCGAGGGCGCGGCGGCACUGUGCGCACGCUGGGGCGCGUGGAGGGGCGCGGAGGGCGAGAUGAGUCUGGUGGGGGGCUUCCCCCACCACCCGGUGGUGCACCAUGAGGGCUAUCCGUUCGCCGCCGCCGCCGCCGCCGCUGCCGCCGCCGCCGCCAGCCGCUGCAGCCACGAGGAGAACCCCUACUUCCAUGGCUGGCUCAUCGGCCACCCCGAGAUGUCGCCCCCCGACUACAGCAUGGCCCUGUCCUACAGCCCCGAGUACGCCAGCGGCGCCGCCGGCCUGGACCACUCCCAUUACGGGGGGGUGCCGCCGGGCGCCGGGCCCCCGGGCCUGGGGGGGCCGCGCCCGGUGAAGCGCCGGGGCACCGCCAACCGCAAGGAGCGGCGCAGGACUCAGAGCAUCAACAGCGCCUUCGCUGAGCUGCGCGAGUGCAUCCCCAACGUGCCCGCCGACACCAAACUCUCCAAGAUCAAGACGCUGCGCCUGGCCACCAGCUACAUCGCCUACCUCAUGGACCUGCUGGCCAAGGACGACCAGAACGGCGAGGCGGAGGCCUUCAAGGCGGAGAUCAAGAAGACAGACGUGAAAGAAGAGAAGAGGAAGAAGGAACUGAACGAAAUCUUGAAAAGCACAGUAAGUAGCAACGACAAGAAAACCAAAGGCCGGACGGGCUGGCCGCAGCACGUCUGGGCCCUGGAGCUCAAGCAGUGAGGAGGAGAAGGAGGAAGAGGAGGAGGAGAAGGAGAAGAAGAAGAAGAGGAGGAGGAGGAGAGCGCGAGCCGGGCCCAGGAGCCGGAUGCAGACCCAGGACUCCGGGCAAGCUCCGCGCGCUCCGCUCUGAGGACUUCCUGCAUUUGGAUCAUCCGGUUUAUUUAUGUGCAAUGUGCCUCCCUCUCUUUGCCCCCCUUCGAGGCAUCCGCUCCCCACCUUCCCCUCCAAAAACAAAGUGGAUAUUUGAAGAAAAGCAUUCCAUAUUUUAAUAUGAAGAGGACACUCCCGCGUGGUAAGGGAUCCCGGCGUCUCGUAGAUUCUCUGUUUGUGAAUGUUUCCUCCUGGCUGUGUAGACACCAGCGGUGCCCUCUCCCCAACCCCUUCCAGAUAAAGACAGCGGACAAUAGUGUGUAUGUGAAGUGUAUCUUUAAUACUUGGCCUUUGGAUAUAAAUAUUCCUGGGGAUUAUAAAGUUUUAUUUCAAAGCAGAAAACGGGGCCGCUAACAUUUCCGUUGGGGUCGGUAUCUAGUGCUGCCGUUUCAUCUGUGGUGGUUCCCUAUGUGAAGAUGUUUCCAACAGCUACUUGUUUUGUGCACUUCCGUCCUCUAAAACUAAGUGGAAUUUAAUUAAUAUUGAAGGUGUAAACGUUGUAAGUAUUCAAUAAACCACUGUGUGUUUUUUUUUUUUACAAAACCCCAAUCUUUUAAUGGUGGAUACCUCAAAAGAGUUUUGAAAACAAAACUGUUAUACUUGUUUUCAUUAUAUUUAAAAUAUUCAGAAGUAAACUAAA